CCAGCAUCCAUCAUCACUGUUUCGUUCUCACCGUAGUCAUAAUCCUCUGUCACACACCAUCGACUCUUUCUUUUGUUUCGUAUUAGUUGGUUAUUCAACCUUGGCCUGUAUUCCAGCCUGUGAAAAUCUUGCGUUGAAUAGCAUUGUAGCCAUCGCGUGACAGCAGGCACAUCAACGUCCAUCCGAAACCGCCGCAAAUGGCGCUGGCCAUUUUCGACGAAUCGCUCAUCGAGCUACCGUGCGACGUCAAUUACGACGCUUCCAAGUGUGCCACAUCAGCAGAACUCCUCAAGGAUUUUCUGAAGCGCCAUCCCAACGCCGCAACUGUGCAGCUCGGCGCGCAGGCCGUGCUGGGCUUCUCGCACGACGGCGACAGCUGCUUCCAUCGCACGCAGCUCGCCGCGUCCGGCGACGUCUUCUGCGUCUUCACCGGUCGCAUAGACAACGUCGCACAGCUACGACGGUCGUACGGCGUCGCAGGCGGCCACGGGCACGACACGAGCGAGUCGCAGCUCGUUGUCGGGAUGUACAAGGCACUGCGAAACUCCUUGGGAGAGCAUCAACCGAUUUCCGCGGAAGCGGCGCUGGCGGAGAUGGUGGGGCCGUUUUCGACGGUGAUUUACGACAACGAAUGGGGACACGCUUUCAUCGCCGCGGACGGCGACAGCCACGUGGAGCUGCACUGGGCCAUGUGUCACGACCGACGCAUCGCCGUGUCGCACGACGUCGACCUGCUGCGAGCAUGCUGCCCCACCACCCACGCGCCCUUCCCCCCAGGCUGCUUUUUCUCCACCUCAGCUGGUCUCUGUAGUUUCGAGGACCCGGGGAGGGAAUUCCGCCCCGUGCCGCACGUCGACAGCUCCGGUCGCAUCUGCGGCUCCCGCUUCGUGCCUGUCGAGGCUUCGCCCGAGCCUGUUACAUGCGGCCGCGUUACGAGUACACUAGGGAAUAUUGGUAGUGAGACCGAUUUAACAGCAAUUUAGCCAGGGGUCACUCACAAUUUCUAUACCAAUUAUUAAUAGCAUUUUCUUCAAAUUCUUCCACUCUAGUGAUAGCAUGUCCAUUGCGUG